AUGACGUUGAGGGCGGACGGCAUCAACCCACGCACGGGGAUGGUGGUGGCCAUCUGCAGCGUGUUCCUGGUGUUUGGUUUCAUGUUCACCGUCUCUGGCAUGAAAGGCGAGAAGCUGGGCCGGAUCCCGCUCCUCGCCCUGGGCCCGGCCAUCUGCCUGCCGGGCGUGGUCGCCAUCGUCGUGGCCAAUAAGACGCAGGGCUGCACCAAGUGGCCCUUCUGGCAGUGGCGCCGGCCCAGGAAGCAGCGGGGAGUGCCGGCGUCCGGGGAGGACACCAUGUCCACCACCACGGUGGGGGAGUCCAGCCGUCUCAUCCGUGAUGUGGAACAGGGCAAGCUGCUACGCUAUCUGCGGGACUUCUACCCUACAAGAGGCUUCAGAGCCACCCGAGAGAUCUCUGAUUACUGUGCACUGGAGCAGCUGGGUGCCCCAGGGGAGGGCAGGGACUAUGCUUCAGGCUCUGGCAGUGUGGGGCAUGUCACCCGGGACAGUGUUGUGGUGUUGUCCCCCCGAGACGGUGCACCCUCCACCUAUGCCUCCUACUGCUGUGGAGACGAUCCCACGGACUUCAGGAUGAGUCAUGAAACUAUGGUCUGA